AUGCUCUUCUCCCGUUCAAUUCGUCUGUGCACAUUUCUUCGAUCGCCAAGGCCUGUAUCCCGCCCAAGAUUCUUUUCUGCCUUCGGUCCGCGCUAUUCAGUCGAUAUGGGCACCGUCGAUACCACCGAACGCCUUUCGAGGCUGAGGCAAUUAAUGCAGCAGCACAAGGUGGACGUAUACAUUGUUCCUUCAGAAGACAGUCACCAGUCCGAGUACAUUGCGCCAUGUGACGCCCGCCGAGAAUUCAUUUCGGGAUUCUCUGGCUCUGCUGGUACCGCGAUUAUUUCUCUGAGCAAGGCCGCCCUCUCCACCGAUGGUCGAUACUUCAACCAAGCCGCAAAGCAACUGGAUAACAACUGGCAGCUCCUAAAAGGCGGAGUCGAGGGUGUGCCCACAUGGCAGGAAUGGACGACCGAGGAGGCCCAGGGAGGAAAGGCUGUUGGUGUCGAUCCUUCUCUGAUCACUGCGGCUGGCGCGCGGAAAUUGGCAGAGACUCUCAAGAAAAAAGGCUCAACUCUUGUUGGACUCCAAGAAAACCUAAUCGAUUUGGUUUGGGGUGAGGAGCGCCCCGCGCGUCCCAGUGAGAAGGUCCGAGUGCACCCGGAGAAGUAUGCCGGAAAGACUUUCCAGGAGAAAGUAUCCGAGCUGCGUAAGGAUCUUGAGUCAAGGAAGAAGGCAGGAUUCAUUAUCUCCAUGCUCGAUGAAAUCGCCUGGCUGUUCAACCUGAGAGGAACCGAUAUCCCGUACAACCCUGUGUUUUUCUCAUAUGUCGUCAUUACACCCACCACGGCUGAGAUCUAUGUCGAGGAUGACAAGUUGACCCCAGAAGUCAAGGCCCAUCUCGGACAAGAUGUUAUCGUCAAGCCAUACGACUCCAUUUUUGCCGACGCCAAAGCUCUCGCUACCCGAAGCCAAGCUGCGGGUGAAAAUGCCGCCAAGUUCUUGCUCUCAAACAAAGCAUCUUGGGCUCUUAGCAUCAGCCUAGGCGGCGAAGGGCAAGUCGAAGAAACCCGCAGCCCCGUCGCAGACUCCAAGGCCAUCAAGAACGAGACCGAACUCGAGGGCAUGCGGGCUUGCCAUAUUCGUGACGGUGCUGCCUUGACCGAGUACUUUGCUUGGCUUGAAAACGAACUCGUCAACAAGAAGACUGUCCUGGAUGAAGUCGACGGCGCUGACAAGCUUGAGCAAAUUCGCUCUAAGCACGAACUUUUUGCUGGUCUUUCUUUCGACACUAUCUCUUCGACUGGACCUAAUGGUGCUGUUAUUCACUACAAGCCCGAGAAGGGAAGUUGUUCUAUCAUUGACCCUAAUGCCAUCUACCUUUGUGAUUCUGGUUGUCAAUACUAUGACGGGACUACUGACACCACGAGAACGUUCCACUUCGGUACCCCCACCGAGUUUGAGAAGCGUGCUUUUACCUUGGUCUUGAAGGGAACCAUUGGAAUUGACAUGGCGGUGUUCCCCAAGGGCACCAGUGGCUUCGCCAUUGAUGUAUUGGCGCGCCAGCACUUGUGGAAAGAAGGCUUGGACUUCCUCCACGGAACAGGCCACGGAGUUGGCUCCUAUUUGAACGUCCACGAGGGCCCUAUUGGUAUUGGAACUCGGGUUCAGUACACCGAAGUGCCCAUCGCGGCCGGAAAUGUUAUCUCAGAUGAACCUGGAUACUACGAGGAUGGCAAAUUUGGCAUUCGAAUCGAGAACAUUGUCAUGUGCCGCGAAGUUGAUACUCCCCACAAAUUUGGCGAUAAGCAAUGGCUUGGCUUUGAACACGUUACCAUGACUCCUAUCGGUCGUAACCUAAUCGAACCUUCGCUACUGAGCGACGCUGAGCUCAAGUGGGUAAACGACUACCACGCUGAGAUCUGGGCCAAGACAGAACACUACUUCCAAAAUGACGAUCUAACUCGGUCGUGGCUCGAGCGUGAGACUCGGCCCAUCUCCAAAUAA